UGUGUGUGUGUGUGUGUGUGUACACACUCAUUCCAGGAAAAGGAAGAGUUUAACCGAUACUUUAAAUUAUGAAGAUUGAGAAGAGGAAAACACACUGAGGCUGAGGUCCGACGACUGCUCAACUGGUACGAGGCUGACGGCAGUCUGUUAUAAGAAGAAAAUGCGCUUAUGACUGGAUCCCCACCCAAACCCUGUCGAAUAAUGAUCAGAGAAAUUGUCAUAGUGCGCCAUCCUGUUUCUGUGUGUGUACCUGUGAACCAUCAGGUGACUCUGAGCGUCCGCGCUGAGGGCACAGGAAUCCUCAACUACCAGUGGUUCACUGGUGAUGAAAAGGAGGUGUGUGGUGGCACUGAAGCAGACUUGACAUUCAGAGCUAAAAAAAUUCAGCUCUAUGUGUGUCGAGUGAAUGACCACUUUUGUAACUACGUGUUCAGCGACUGGGUGAAAGUGAAGGUGUUGGACAUUGAUAAAUCAGGUUUGCCAGUACACUGGCAGGGUGAGCCACACAUUGCUAUCAACCCUAAACCCCAGACAGUCCGACAAGGUACAAAACUCACUCUCUGCUGCGCUGCCUUUGGCAUCCCCACUCCACACUAUCAGUGGUACAGAAAUGGACAGCCGUUGCUGGACAAGACUAGUGGCACGCUGCAGAUUGACCGUGCAACAGCCGAACAUGGAGGAUCAUACCUGUGCUCCAUAUCUAACGUGCUAUCAGAGAGAUGGACUGAACCAGUUGAUGUUGACAUUGUGCAAAUUGAUCAGCUUCCUCCUGCAGCAACCACAGCCACUGAUAAAGUUGCCCUACUUAUUGGCAACCUGAAUUACUCCAACCACCCUGGCUUGAUGGCCCCCAUUAUGGAUGUACAUGAGCUGGCCAACCUCCUGCAGCAGCUUGGCUUCAGAGUGGUUUCCCUGCUGGAUCUCACAAGGGGGGAGAUGCUGGCCGCUAUUGACAAGUUCAUUCAGCUCCUCAACAGAGGAGUUUACGGCCUUUUCUACUAUGCCGGUCAUGGGUAUGAGCACGCUGGGAGGAAUUACUUGGUAGCUGUUGAUGCUCCACAACCGUACCGACCUGAAAACUGUGUCUGCGUGCAGAGGAUCAUGCUCAGCAUGCAGGAAAGACGCACUGCACUGAGUGUAAUCCUACUGGAUACCUGUAGAAAAUGGUACAACCAGGAUUGCAUACCCUCAUCCAUCAUGCCAUUGGGACCCAGUGGGAACACUGUUUACGGUUAUGCCACACAACAUGCUGUAGAAUGGAAAGUUAGGUAUGUAUAUAUCAGAAAAGCAGAACUAAUCUUUUGCUACCUGUUUUUGAACACUUCCUUUAUUAACCAAUGCAGAUGUGAAGAUGCUGAGGCUUUUGAGGUCCAGGAUGGGGGGAAAAGUACUGGAAUCUUCACUAAGUACUUGAACGAGCACAUCCUGCAGUCCGAGAAAGUCACACAUGUUUUAGAGAAGGUGUCUGAGGAUCUAGGCAGAGACCCUCUGGUCGCAGGCAAGCAGGUGGUGGAGAUCAAACACACCCUGAAGGAACCUCGAUCCCUUGCAGACCCAGUUCGGACCACUGGCCACACAAGGGAACUACACCAGCGAGAUGCCUGCUGGAGACAAGCAAAUGAGCUACCACGGAAGACGCGGUUGAUGUUCAUCUGUGGUGUAGAAGUAGAAGUCAGUUUCUCAGCUUUGUUCUCUAAUGUCUUGGUGGCGUUUGCCACUGUAAAGACUACUGGCCAGCGAACCCAGGACUGCACAGUCACUCUGAGUAGCAUACCUCCAAUGGAAGACAUAUUUUCCGGACCUGGCAGGUCAGAGGAGAUGGACUCUCUACUAUUUAAGAAAUCUAAAAACCCAGACUGUACUCUGCGACUUUGUGCUCUUCAAAAGCUUACGAAAUCACUGGUUAUCAAGGUGGAUCUACACUAUACUCACAUGGACAGUAAGCUGCGCCAGACAGAAAGCCAAGAGGUGGACAUAGGAAAGCCUCUUGUGGCAUCAUGUAAACUGUACAUGAGGAAUCAUGCAUCAACAGCCAAGAAACAAGAAGGUGCUCCUGCUCAAAGUAUGGGCAACAUUCCAAGCAGCAAACCACUGCUGCAUCAGACUCCGGCUGGUCCAUGUCGCCCUUUCACCAGAAAGGCAGUGUGUGCUGCUAAAGUUGCAGUUCCAAGGAGCAACGAACCUGAAGAAAACGAUGAGAAUGAACUGCCAGACUUCACUCUUCGACAGUAGACCUUUCUGUACCGAUUAUUGUAAAUACUAGUUAGAAAAUGGACUGUUUUGUACUGAUGUGAUUAGAAAUGACUCUGUUGCUGAACGUGCAUCUUUCUUGUCUGUGGUUGGUGAUGAUGAAUGAGUGAGUGAAUGACUGAGGUUUGUGUUUGCUUUGCGUUACCAGCCUUCAAUUCUUAGCUCAACACUUUAGAAACAUUAACACUUACUUUUGCUAACAACUGAUUUCAUCAUAAAUUGUGUAAUACUUUAAAAACAUUACUUUUUCAUCAGUGGCAAGCUGGCUAGCCUUAUUUAUCUAAUAAAGACCAUUACUGUUAAUAAUUUAUCUAAUAAACACAAUUACUGUUAAUAAUUUAUCUAAUAAAGACUACUUUCCUCACUA